GAGGAGGAAUAAGAAUGUAUUCAGCGGAGGAAGAGGGUGAGGUGGAGGAUGUAUAAGCUGAAGCAAAAUGGAAUCAUUGAACAUCUACAAGAUAAUGAAAGAAAUGAGUGCUAAUGAGGCACUGGCGCCCUUUAAAACUGAAUACACAAGGCUUUACGAAUCCUUGUACAAAGCCCAUAGAAAUGAGAAGGAACUAUCGGAACAAUGCAUGCUGCUCAAGAAUGAAAUUGUGGAUAACACGCACAAUAUAAAUGAACUAAAAAAAACAGUAGAGGCUUAUCAGGACGAUAUAGCUCGAUUGAAACAGGAAGUUACAAAAAUGACGAAAUUAGCCGAUGCGGCACACGCGCGCGAGCAAAAUGCACAGGAGAUAAUUGAGAAUUUGCGAGUAAAUAUUACGAAACUGGGGCUAGAAAUCGAGCAAAAAAACAAACAACUAGCAGCUGAGAAAGAGUGA